AUGGGUUUGCCAAGGUUUGGUCGUCCAAAGAACGCUGAUGAAUCGAGCUCUAAUCUAUUCGUAGCAAAUUGUGGACCAUCCGUGGGAAUUUCUGAUGAUGAUAUUGCUUCUGUUUUCUGCAAAUUUGGGGAACUCAAUGGAGUUUAUGCAGCUGAUGAUAGUGGCACACGUGUGAUUGUAUCUUAUUCUGAAGUGAGUUCUGCACAAUCUGCUUUAAUGGCAUUACAUGGAAAGCCAUGUGCUGAACUUGGAGGUCGUUCUUUGUAUAUUCGUUAUUCAGUUCUUCAGCCAAAUCCACAGGAUCAAGUGAAGGACUUGGUUUCUGUAUCUAUGACAGCCUCAGAUCUGAACAUUCCCGGACUCUACCUAGUUCACGACUUCAUCAGUGCUAAAGAAGAGGAGGAAUUGCUCCAGGCCGUUGACAGUAGGCCUUGGAAUUGUCUUGCCAAAAGAAGGGUUCAACACUAUGGUUAUGAGUUUUGUUAUGAUAUUCGGAAUGUUAAUACAAAGCGAUGCUUAGGUGAGCUUCCCUCAUUUUUGUCUCCAAUACUUGAAAGAAUAUCAUCAUGUCCAACUUUCAAGAAUGUCGACCCUGAUAGCAUAGUUUUGGACCAACUUACGGUAAAUGAGUACCCACCUGGAGUGGGUUUAUCGCCUCAUAUAGACACUCACUCUGCAUUUGAAGAUUUAAUUUUCAGCCUUUCAUUAGCAGGGCCUUGUAUAAUGGAAUUCAGACGAUAUGAAGACGGCGACUGGCGCCCUAGAGUUGCCUCAAGCACUGUUACAAAAGUAGAAAGUCCAGAAGAUGGAUCAAAUUGUAUUAAAAAGGCUAUCUAUCUCCCCCCUAGAUCUUUGUUACUUUUAUCCGGUGAAGCACGAUAUGCAUGGCAUCAUUACAUUCCACACCACAAGAUUGACAAAGUGAAUGGAAGAGUCAUCCGAAGGGCUUCAAGAAGGGUGUCUUUUACAAUUCGUAAGGUUAGAGCAGGUUUGUGCAAAUGUGAAUUUUCUCAGUAUUGCGACUCUCAAAGAUGA